CCUCAUCUCGCGAGACUGUGACGAAACCCGUGAAAGCGCUGGCCUGCAGAAGCCGAGCAGCUGGCCAUGUAAACAACGGAUCCGAGACUGCGGGCUGUGUUAUGAAAAAGCAGGACUGUUGGGCGCUAAGACUUUGCAAACAAUUUUGUAAAGGGCAAGGAAAGCCAAAAUUGCACAGGCCUGGGAAAGUUUGAAUUGCAUGUGACAGCACAAUCUUACCUUGCAUUCCUGUUCAUCCUACUGUCCGAACUAGAUGUGCGCAUGUUCCGGCCCAUGUGAAAAUCGAAUCUGAUGGCUAGCCAGGAUGCUAGUAGUGCAGGUGUACUAAUGACCUGCUAGCUCUUCCAGCUGAUCAUAUAUUGAUGCUUCUUUCUGUCCUUUGCUGAUGUAUUUCAAAACUAUUUAAAGGAGAAAAGUAAAUCAUGGGUGGAGCAGUGAGUGCCGGGGAAGACAACGAUGAUCUGAUUGACAAUCUUAAAGAAGCCCAAUACAUACGGACUGAAAGAGUGGAACAAGCCUUUAGAGCAAUUGAUCGUGGAGAAUAUUAUUUGGAGGGAUACAGGGACAAUGCUUAUAAAGAUUUGGCGUGGAAGCAUGGAAACAUACACUUAUCAGCACCUUGCAUCUAUUCAGAAGUUAUGGAAGCACUUAAGCUUCUACCAGGAUUGUCUUUUCUCAAUCUGGGAAGUGGAACUGGAUAUUUAAGUACAAUGGUGGGCUUAAUAUUAGGCCCAUUCGGUAUAAACCAUGGAAUUGAGCUUCAUUCAGACGUCGUGGAAUAUGCGAAGGAAAAAUUGGAGUAUUUCAUUAAACAGAGUGAUAGUUUUGACAAAUUUGAAUUCUGCGAGCCCUCUUUUGUGGUUGGUAAUUGUCUCGAGAUUGCUUCAGACAGUCCUCAGUAUGAUAGAAUUUACUGUGGAGCUGGUGUCCAGAAAGAUCAUGAAAAUUACAUGAAAAUCUUGUUGAAAUUGGGAGGGAUAUUAGUUAUGCCUAUUGAAGAUCAGCUUACACAAAUUCAGCGAACUGGACAGAACACAUGGGAGAGUAAAAACAUCUUGGCUGUAUCUUUUGCUCCUUUGAUGCAACCAAAUAAAAAUGAUAACCAAAAGUCUGAUACUGUGAGCUUACCUCCCAAUUCUGUUAGGAACCUUCAGGAUUUAGCUCGCAUCUAUAUACGUCGUACACUUAGAAACCGUAUAAAUGAAGAGAUGCAAGACAAAGGUAUUCCUCCUAAGGCACCUCCAAAGCGUAAAAGAAGACGAUGUCGAAGACGCCGUAUAAAUACUUAUGUGUUUGUUGGAAAUCAACUUAUUCCCCAACCAUUAGACAGUGAUGAUGAUGAAAAAAUUGAAGAGGAUGGCAAAGAGGAUGAAAAGGACCAUAAUGAAGCUAUGAAAGCUGAGGAACCUCCUCCAAAUCAGCUGCGUGAAAAAAUUUUGAGCUUGCCACUCCCUGAAUCUUUAAAGGCAUACUUGACCUAUUACAGAGAAAAAUGAUGUACUUGGAUCUAAAACUUUUUUUGCCUGCUGAUAUUUCAUUUACUUCUUGAAAAUGUAGCAUUUUUUUUAAGAAUUCAUUUGAUAGAUAUAAUUGAUUGAUCAACACCUAAAACUGUCUUAAGUUCUUUACUUGUUUCAUUUUUUAAUAUCUGUAUUUUCGCUACAGUUUCGCUACAAUUACACACAUUUUUGCAUAGGAAGUUAAUGCAAAGUUAGAUGCGCCAUGAAGUUGAAUUUGAGCAAUUUCUUAGUCUACAAACCUGUGCUGAUCUUCCAGCACAUGGGGCAGGUCAGUUCAAUACAUAAACAUUUUAGCACUUUAAAGAUGCAAGUAUGAUCCAUAAAAAUAUAUCUGAGAUAUUGCAAAUCCAGCUCACAGUGAGGCAUUCCAUUGGACAAAAAAAAAAUCAUAUUUUGUGUAUAACUGUUUAAAAGAAUGAGAAGUGCAAUAGAAUUGAAAAAGGAAUUCUGCUUUCACUUUCCUUUUUUGGGGCAGAAAAUGUUGAUAAGAAUAUUUAUUGAAAAGCUUAAAAAACAUUUUGCGCCUUUGUUUAAUCUACAAAUAUAAAUAGAUAAAUAAAUAUUUUAAUUAGCAUUGAUCAAGCAUCUAUCGAGAAUCUGUUUCAUAGUGAAACAAUUUAUCGGAUAAAUGUAAAUACAAUUAAUAUAGAAAGUCAACUUUAGUUAUGACCCGUUGCUAAUAAAAGUUGAUCUGGUUACUCUUUUAGUACAGUGAUCCCCAACCAGUGGCUCAUGGGUAACAUGUUACUCACCAACCCUUAGCUGUUGCUCUUAGUGGCCUCAAAGCAGGUGAAUUUUUUUGAAUUCCUGGUUUGGAGGCAAGUUGUUCCAUUUGUUGUUAUUCAAAUCAUUGUUUGGUCUAUAAUAUUUCAAAUAUUUAUGUAAAAGAAUAUAUAAGUGGGAAAAAAACAAUUAUGCCAGUUAUUUCCCCACAGUUAUAGUAUAGUUGAUCUCAUUUGGCUAAUUCCACCCAUAUUUUUUUUUCUAGGGAGAUUACAAUACACACAUGAAUAAAUUACAUAGUUUUUUUUUCUGUAUGUCUUAAAUUAGGAACUUGUUGCUCAUAGAAAUGUACCUCCUUCCUAUAGCCCAGCUGUCUUUUUUUGUUCUUUAAAUUGCUGAGUAUUUUAUUAGCAAGAAACCUUAUUUCUUGGGUACAAAUAUAAAACAUUCCUUUUAAAGAAUCACCAGCUUUAUAGAUGCAAAACAGAUGUCACCAUUUUUUGAUUAUAAGCAAUAGGAAAAAAUCAAGUAUUUUGACACUAUAAAAAAUAAGCUUUAUUACAAAAAAACAGAAUGAUAUUCACCAGUUCAUGAAACCACUUAAAGAAAAUUAUUUAUCUUGUAAAUAUUUUGGUGUCCUUCGAACGUGGCAUUUUUUGAAUUAAGAAAAGCUACAUAUAUAAGUAUAAUUUUUUGUGAACAAAGGUAUGGGUGAAGGCUUUGUAAAGAAAACUUUAGGAUACUUAAGAGAGAUUUUGGAUAAGGCCUAUUUAAUAGUGUGCGAUGUUCUCUGCUGCAGUAGGGCUCCUGGUUCCAUGUUAUUUUUGAAUAGUUUGCUUAAAAGCAUUCAGUAACUUUGUUUGUUAUUAAAAAUUAGUUCCUUUAAUUAAACAACUUCAAUAAGAAUAAUACAAACCUUAAAGAAGCCUUGUGUCUAAAUUUGUGAAAUCUUGGACCUGUUGGCAAGUUGAGGUAGUCUAGAAAAUGUUACAUGGAUAUAUUGUAAAAUGCUUUUGUAGAAUGGCUGCAUUGCUACUUCAUUAAAUUGUACUUUUUGGAAAAAAUAGAUGUUUUCAUGCUUAUACAUGUUUGAUUUAUAUCUGUUUUGUAAAAAAAAAAAAUGCUUGUCCUGUUCUUUUCACCACUUUGACAUCCAAAUCCACUUGAAUCAGAAAUUAAAAUAAAAAAAGUGGUUAUUUGAA